AACACAGUGCAUCUUGGGACGCAGUGCACCGCACUACAUUCGAAUUACGAACACAGUUAGGCAUUCUAAAUUUGAAAAUGAAACUGUUCAUAGUCGCGGCCGUGUUAGGCGUAGCUUCGGCUGCUCGCCUGGACAACACCUACCUGCCUCCGCGAGGGAACUCCGGUUCUGGGGCUUCUACCUUCGGAGGGGCUGGCUUCGGCCAAGCCAGCGGCUUCGGCCAAUCCAGCGGCUUCGGCCAGAAAGGAGGUUUUGGCCAAGGAGGUUCAUUCUCCGGCAACGCUUACAACGCGCCAGCCAGCACCCGCCAGCAGUCUUCCUUCGAAGCCAACGCUCAAAUCCUCAAGUACAACAACGAGGUGACAGCCGAGGGUUUCUCCUACGACUUCGAGACGUCCAACGGGAUCAGGGCUGACGCUCGCGGGGUCGCCACCAACGGGGUCCAAUCCCAGGGUAGCUUCGGGUACAAGGGGGACGAUGGUCAGGACUACAGUAUCACGUACACGGCUGAUGAGAACGGGUACAGGCCGGUUGGGGCUCACCUGCCGACCCCGCCCCCGAUCCCGGAGGCCAUCUUGAAGUCUCUGGAGCAGAACGCCCGCGACGAGGCGGCCGGCAUCACCGAUGAUGGUACUUACCGCGGCGAGGGUGCUGGGUCCGGCUACUCCAGCCAGGGAGGAUACUCCGCCCCAUCAGGCCCAUCCACCCAGUACGGCGCUCCGGCCAGAGGUUUCCAGGGCUCCCAGGGCGGUUUCCAAGGCGCUCAGGCCGGUUUCCAAGGCGCAAAGGGCGGUUUCCAAGGAGCGCAGGGCGGUUUCCAAGGCGCACAAGGUGGUUUCCGUGGAAACCAAGGAAGUGGUUUCCAAUCUAAGGGUAGCUUCGGUGGUGCUACUUCUAGGCAGUACCUGACUCCUAAUGCUGGACCUAAGCCUGGCUCUGGUAGCUUCAACCAACAGACCGGAUACCAAUAUUAAAUGACUGAUGAUAAUAUGAUAAUUUUUUGGUUCUUGUAUAUUGACUGGAAGAUAAAAUAUUAAUUGUAGUUUGUGAAAAGGCCAUUCGUUGAUAUUUUUGACUCAAAUUGAAACUGAAUUGAUGUAGGUAAUAUGAGAGGUGUUUUACAAGCUAAACGGAAAAUAUUUUUUAUAAACAGAACUUACAAGAAUCAAAAUAUGACUUUGGACAUGACUCCCUGUUAAUAAUGUUAUUUAUGUUUGUACGAAUAAAAUACAUGCUAUUGUUUGUUUUUACAGCAAAGUAUAUGCCUAAGUAUGUAUUUUAAUCAUUAUUUAUC